AUGAGGAACAGGGCUACGACGCCUUUGAGCAAGGCGAAAUGGGCUGCCAAGUCCGUGGCUCGAGCGUACCAUGGCGAGCAGGUUCGCGAGGGUCUAUGGACUCGCAUGUUCUCCCGCCGCAUACGGAGUGUGGUCCCCAUGAACCCUGCGCAACUUGCCCAGGAUGAUGGAUCUCAGAUUUCUGCUGGUCGCGGUUCUGGGUUGGAAAAGAGACCAGAUGGCCGAAAAUCUGCCUCCUCUCCCCCACGGACGCCGUACAUGCAAAUGACGUUCGCUCCGCUUGAACGGCGAUUAGACGUCGCCAUCUUCCGAGCCAUGUUUGCAAGCAGCACGAGACAGGCCCGGCAGUUUGUCAUUCAUGGCGCGGUUACCGUCAACGGGCAAAAAAUGAGACACCCCGGCUACCUUCUCAACCCCGGUGACCUAUUCCAAGUCGAUCCCGAACGCGUCAUGUAUGCCACUGGUGCUCCGAAGGAUAGGAAAGAGCGUCGCGAAGGACGGCUGGCCAGGAAGGCUGCGGCCGAAGCAAGAAAAGCUCAGGCCGAGGGCUCUGCAGAAGGCCAAGCAGCCGAAGAGACGAAGGCCCAGAACAGCGAUGAGAAGCCUGCAGCGGAAGAAGAGUCCAAAGAAGUGAAGGACCCUCGAGAGACCUUGAAGACACUCCUUAGUCAGGCGAAGACAAUCUUGUCGAAGGAGAAGGAUGUGCUUCCGGCCAAGCGCAAGCAGGAAAUCCGCGGCUUCCAGAAGGCCGUUCGAAGCGUCCUCUCUCGCUCCGGCUCGAGCACUGUUCUGGCUGACAACCUCGAAGAGCAAUUUUCGGAACUCAUGAAGCAGCUCAAAGUGAAGAAGGCCGAAAAGAAAGAGGAGAAGAAAGACGAGAAGAAAGAAGACAAGAAGGAAGACAAGAAGGAAGACAAGAAGGAUGAGAAGAGUACCCAGAAGGACUCUGAGGCUGCUAAGAAAGCUGAAUCAUCGUCUUCAGAGCCGGCGAAGCAACCCGAGACCAAGGCAGCUGCCAACGUGGAGGGUGUUAGCGAGCAACUGAAAGAGGCUUUCCAGAAAGCAGCCCAGGAUCCUGAGAGCCUGGACGAAGAGAUGACAUCGGAGCUCACGGACGAGGAACUCGAUGUUUUGAAACGGGCUCUCGAGCAGCUCCGCGACAACCCGAUCGACAGCACUAAGCCCUACGCGACCCCUUGGCGCCCUCGCGAUUAUAUGAGCGCCUUUGCCUUCAUCCCUCGCUACCUCGAAGUCAACCAGAACAUCUGCGCGGCCGUCUAUCUCCGGCACCCGGUGGCUAGACCGGGUGUUGCAGAGGUGCCCACCCCGUUCCCCGAGUCUGUUGGACAGGCCGCUUUCGCGUGGUAUCUGCGCCGACGAUCUGAACUCCCUGGUCAAGUCGUGCUAACAUGGAUAAUUAAUAUAUUUACGGCCAUGUUCCCGUGGCAGGGAGAUCCCGCGUCGUCUGUUGGCGCCCAAUCGUCCCAUCAUCCCUCUGGUGGGAGCACUUCAUCCUUCCAGGUGCCCCAGCUGCGAUGGCUCCCUUCGGUGUUGCAGCGCAACCAGAACCCUGGUUCUUCGUCUCCGUCUACACUACGGCCAAGGGUAUCGUCCAUCUCACAUGUCGUAGACUCGCCCGCCGCAGAGACCCCUGCCGCAGAGACUCCCGUGGAAGAGACUCCGGGAGCGCAAUCAGAUGAGCCCAACUCGGGCAGUCGACCAAGCACCAGAGAUGCAGCAGCUGCAGACACGGAAGAGCAGGACCCAGACUUUGCACCGACGCCACAGGUCAAUGCUUCUGAGGCGGACGGUGCAGAUAAUACGACGACCUCCGCGUCCGCUUCCACGGCCAUCUCACGUCCCGAGGAUCUUCAAGAUGCAUAUGGCUCUCGCAUUCAUGGAAAGCGCCUGACGACAAAGGAAGAGGUGUCGCUCUUCAAGAUCUGUAACCGCCAUGCCGCCACCUUCGGAGAGCGCAACAAGCUCUGCGAGUGGUGGAGGACAGUGACGGAAGAAUUCACGCGCGAGUACGGCCAUCCGUACUCGUGGCAUUCCGUGCGGCGCAAAGUCGAGAUCGUCACGAAGCAGCGGAUGAAAUUCCUUGCGGAGCAGAAGGAGAACGGCGGAGAGGACUUGUCCAACCCGCAAUGGCGUGAACAGGUCGAUGCCUGGAUCCCGAACUGGGAGCGAUUCGAGGAGGCGGAGAGGAAGCGGAUUGAGAUCCGCGACUCGCGCAGAGGGAGGAAGAGAAAGGAUCGCUCUUCGGACGUCCUGCCCUGGCAGUCGACGCCAGAGAGAUGGUCUUUCUCCAGCCCUGCCCACGCAACCAACUCGUCUACGCCGGGGACCACGGCUGCAUCUGCACCUGCACCUGCGCCUGCACCACCGGUCUUCCAGACUCCACCAGGUGUGAAGUUGCCUGCUGGAUACGACACCAUGUUUUCGAGCCAGAGACAGCCUGCCGUUCAGCCUCAGCCUCAGCCUCAGCCUCAGACGCCUCUGGCUGGAAUCCGAGACGCGGCAUUAGGGGCAGACCAGAACCAGAGCGUGACAUCAGCCGUGUUGGAGACUCUCAGCAAGUUGAACAAGCACUUGGACAUGGCCGCCUCGCAGCAACAGCGCACAAAUUCAUCACCUGUUGUCUCUGCCUUGACAGGAGCAGCAGGAGCAGCAGCAGCAGGUUCAUCAUCCAACAACAACGAAACACCAACCAGGGGAACAGAAGACACGUCCCAACAGACGACGACGACCACAGAGAACGGGACGUCAUCGCAGCAGCUACCAGCAUCCGAAAUCGCCAAACUGAAAGAAGAACUCAAAGAGUCGCUAAAAGAAGAACUAAAAGAGGAACUACGCAAGGAAUUCGAGGCCGAGCUGAAAAAAGACCGCGCACAGCUAGAAGAGAAACUAGACUCGAUUCAGCAGACGCAGGAGAUGAUUCUGGAGAUGCUCCGGCAGGAGCCGCAGUAG